AUGGUCUCGAAGGACUUGAGGUUAAACCUGCAGCGAGUGUUGCAGAUGGAGAAGCAGCUCAGUGUGACACAGGCUGAGGCUGAGACUCCUGUGGACGACAGUCUGGUGUCUGAUGCUCACCACACAGACCCAGUCGUGGAGAACCUCACUCGUGCGUUGGCUGGUUUUGUCUAUCUCCCACUCCUCGUCGCAAACACCGCUGUGAGCGCUGAGUCAUGUUACAGCAGACAGAAUAGUGUUAAACGAGCUGGGGAUUGGCGCCAUGUUUCGUCCCCCUCCGGCACAAGCAGCGGAGACGAGUGGUAA